AUGAUUGACCCGUUGAAUGGACCCAUUGUUUCAAGUAAAUUCAAUCUUUUGCGUUCAGGAGGCCAAAAGUUGUCAUGGUUAGACUACCUCGAACUAUUCAACGCCCUGCUGGUGGCAUCGAAUAUCCGAAUUCAGGUCAAGCAGUCAUGUUGGAGAAUCAAUAAUAAACGCUCAAGCUGUGACAAGUUCAAUGGACUAUGGCAUACGACACAAGAUGUGAAACGUACCACGUGA